AUUCUGGAAUACGACUUUGGAGAAGAGAUAGCAUCAUCAGUCAAUCAGAAGGCAUACCAGGAAGUCCAACGCCAGACACCAGAAACAGCAAUGACGAUAGUAACGACUCCGACGGAAUCACUCCAUAUACCAUCUGGAUUGGAGAAGAUGAACAAUCCGACCACGAUAGCCCUUUCUAUGGAGGAAAUCGACCAGAUAGUGAAUACGAUCGAAUGCAACGGAAGGAUCAUUAAGUACGUUGUUGAACAAGGAGAGCCUUGGUUCUGUCUUGGAACAGAAGAAGAAAACGACUGGAGCGAACAUCUCUGGCGAACUGGAGUGUUACAAAUACCUGGACUAACAACCCAAACGACACCUACAAUGAUGAUGAUGAUGACGGGUGUCAAAUCGGGCCCCCACUUCCAGAUGUGUUACCCCAUACUCCGACUGCAGCGAUUGCCCCAUCAAUCCACAAAGCCCCACAGCCCAUCCAAUAGAAAAAGAAUGCCCACAGAAUGA